AUGGACGCGGGUGCGCUUGAUCCCAACUCCUAUACCGCACAGCGCUUGCAACAUGCUACCCCCGAACACCUCUAUCUUACCUCGCGCCGCUGCUUCAUAGGCCCGAUUCCUGAGGGCUGGCUUAAGUCGCACCGCCACGAUUGGUACAAACACCAUCUGCACAUCAAUUACUCCUCGCGCGCUGCUACAUUUUCAACCGACCUCCGUAUCACCCACGACCGCCGCACCUCUGGCAUUGACGGGCCACGCACCUCGAGACCAUUCCGCCCGAGUUUUCCACAACCCGCCGACCUUGACGAAGACGACCAUGCUCAUGCCAACGGAGAUGGGGCCGCCGACACGGGCGCCAUCGUUGUCGUGCCGCGGGCGAGCGAGCCAGACCCCGAGAUAGUCGACGAGGAGCUGGCAGGACGGCACAGAAGGGCACAAUCACGAUCCAGCACCGCAAAAAGCCGCGUGGAGAAACUGAGAAGACCGGACUACAAAAGAGAUAAUACAGGCUCUUAUGUCACGGCCCGCGAAGAGAUUCGUCCGCCUUCAAUCCAGGAGCCGCGCGCCAUUUCCGUGGCCGAGAGCAGCCUGCAGAUCCCCUCGUCUCCACGUGUUGACGGCUCUACCUCUUCGUUGUUACCAAAGGCCCACACUGCUGCCCCGGAACCUGUGCUAACGCAGCCCGAGGAGGCGAGUAAUACCAGGCAAGACAGUGGCCGUGCCUUGGUGAAGUUUGAUUUACCCGAAGAUUCGAUGAAGGCUGAGAUCCAGGCAAAAGCACAACUUGCUCGGACUCACCUGGGCCGGAAAGGCCGUCGUCUCAAGAAAACCAAGCUUCGCGAUGGCCAGAUAGUCAAAAUGGACAAGAUGCUGGUGCGCGUGGAUACCACAAUCUCCGAAGUUGGUGAAGAAUUUGACGAGAAUGAAGCCCACAAGAUUGAAUCACGCACCAGUGAAAAAUGGCGGGAGUACAUGGUUGUGUGCCGCGACAAUCAUGAAGCCGAUGAGGAUUUUCCUUUUGUACUCCAGAUGUACAAAUCACGGGUAAUCGCAGCGGUUGAAGGAUCAAAAAAUAAAAAGAAGGCAAAGCAUGAAGUUCGACUCGGCCCUAAGUACACUAGAGUCAAUCUCUAUUCAUCACUGGACAAGACGGUUGUCAUAUGGACGCCGUACCGCAAAGGAACGAAGAUUUACAUCAUGCGCCCGCGUUCGGGCUCCAGCGCUGCUGAGUGGUAUACCUUCCUCAGGAACGUCCUAGGAUGGAACCGAGCCUCGGAGCUACAAGUCAACGUGCCCGAUCUGGAUGUGAGCCUCCGCUUGGAAAACCCGUUUCAGGAGCUGGAGUCAUCCAAGGAGCUACAGGAAGCCGCCAAAGGGAAUGAGGAAGCAAUGGUGAAGGCGGUCCAGCAGGAGCAAGCUGUUGCUAAAAACAUCAUUAACCGUGCCAUUGAGAUGCUAAGCCAAACCCAAGAAUAUUCCGAGGUUGUCAAGAAAUGGACCUCAUCCGAACGAAUUGGACUUGCUUGGAAGCGGUAUGACCGAUUGGAGUGGAUACACGGACCCAACGAGAAGAAAAUGUACGGUUCUAUUGCCAUGGCGCGAACCCACGAACUGGAGCUACGUCCCAAGGAACACUAUCCCACCAAAGCAAGGACCAAAAAGAACAAUAUCAUUGAAGAGCCUGUGCCAGUUGAAGGGUUUUUGAUCCGACUGACAAGUCAGAGGGGACUUGAUCAGAGGCUUGGCCCAAAAGCCGUUCCACCACCGCCACCCAAGUUACCAUGCAUUGGGAGCUCGCGACUGCCCACGCCAAAGGAGAUCACCGACGCAAUACCUUUGGUGUAUGCUGUUAAUCCUUAUCCCGUCAAGGACGGAGAGAUAGAAUGGCUGGCAGGGGGCGACGGGGGCUCUUCAGAAAACAUCCGUUACCGUGACCGGGACGCUGAAGAUGAAGCUGAGAGGAAGACGAACCUGUUGCUGAAAUGCGAUGGUUACAUCAACCUCUGCAACAUCAAGAAGGUCCGCAAAGUACACCGCGGUGCAUCUGCGGCCGACGAGAACAUGGACGAAGGCUCUGAUGUUGAUUUCGAUCUGGAUGUGGAUGACUCAAUGGAGGACGAUGGCAUCACUCACGAAUUCGAUGACGAAAGAACGUUUGAGCUGGUCUUGAGGAAUGGCCUUAUUAUUCGUCUUCAAGCUUUCGACAAAAUGACGAAGAAGGAAUGGAUGCACCGUCUCCGCAAGCUUGUCAAGUACUGGAAGUAUCGCACAGCAACCGACAUUCAACUCUACAAAACGAUCCGGAAAUACAACCUGGAACUUCUCAAAAUCGACGAGGAGGCUGAAGCAAUCGUGGGACAGUUCGCACGAAAGUGGGAAGUCUUACAUGCGCAUGCCAGCUCCGAACUGUACAAUAUGUGCGGAAUUUCCGCCUGUCGCUCUAUUCAUAUCUCCGGCGUUCUCUUCCGCAAGCCGCGACGCCACGCGACCUUCACGCGCUGCUCGGUCAUCCUGUCGGCGGGCACGCUGCUGAUCUUCCAAGACUCUGUGCGCAAGAGCACGGGCAAGCAGCUGGCGCACAUCCACCACGAGCACAUUUCGACACUGGACCUGCGCGACUGCUACCUCUAUUCCGGCCUCCUGACCGAAGCGGACCUGCUAUACCAGAACCGCACCUUCGACAACAACCGCCCCGGCCACACGGCGCUGCCGCGCAUCUACCUCGAGGACGGCUGGACCAGCACGGACGAAGACUACAUGACGUGCUUCGCGCUGUGGCACGGCCGCAAGAAGAGUCUGUUCAGGAGGGGUCAUGGGGACGAUGAGGUGCAGAGGGAGGUGUUUGAGAAGGAGGGCGGCAGGCGGAGUAGGUGGAAGUUGGUCAGUCAGCUCGGCGUGCCGGGGAAUACGAUGGUGUUUAAGGCGCGGAGUCGCGCCGAGAGGGACCAUUGGGUGCUUGCUAUCCAGACGGAGUGCGAGAGGUUGGCGCAGGCGGAGGAGGUGAGGAUUGUGGAGAGUUCUUGA